CCCACCCCUCAAGCUAGGCUGAGCUGUGCCUACGUCGGCCUCGACUCCCGGGGGCUGGAGGAGUUACCUUUGGAGCCCGAAAGGAGGAAGGAAGCAAAAUAUCAACAACAGCCAAGGCGGCUCGGGCGCUCGGCCCCGGUUCCCUGCUUGCCCGCCGCCCGCCUGCUGGCCCCCGCGCCCACGACGGGGGCCCAGGCCCCACGGCGCCGCCCAGGGCCCGCGCGGACGCCGGCCUCAUUUAUUAUUCCCCCCGCCCGGAGCUGCGGCUUCCUGGUGUUGAAGAUCCCCAGGACCAGGGGCGAGGGCUACCCGCUCUUUGCCGUGACAACACCGUUCCCCCAGGCGGGCUGGAGGCUGUGCAGAAGGUAUCCUGCAGACCAUGAACUGAGCACUGUUCCCAGACUGUUCAUGAGCACAGUGUAAGGUGUGCCAAGAUCCACCACCCAGCGAGCCCCUCCCCUCCGUAGCACGAGGACCCUCGGAGAAGAUGGGGAGGAAAAAGAUUCAGAUCCAGCGAAUCACCGACGAGCGGAACCGACAGGUGACUUUCACCAAGCGGAAGUUUGGCCUGAUGAAGAAGGCGUAUGAACUGAGCGUGCUAUGUGACUGCGAGAUCGCACUCAUCAUCUUCAACCACUCCAACAAGCUGUUCCAGUACGCUAGCACCGACAUGGACAAGGUGCUGCUCAAGUACACGGAGUACAAUGAGCCACACGAGAGCCGCACCAAUGCCGACAUCAUCGAGACCCUGAGGAAGAAGGGCUUCAACGGCUGCGACAGCCCGGAGCCCGACGGGGAGGACUCGCUGGAACAGAGCCCCCUGCUGGAGGACAAGUACCGGCGCGCCAGCGAGGAGCUCGACGGGCUCUUCCGGCGCUAUGGGUCAGCUGUCCCGGCCCCCAACUUUGCCAUGCCUGUCACGGUGCCCGUGUCCAAUCAGAGCUCACUGCAGUUCAGCAAUCCCAGCGGCUCCCUGGUCACCCCUUCCCUGGUGACGUCAUCCCUCACGGACCCGCGGCUCCUGUCCCCCCAGCAGCCAGCACUACAGAGGAACAGUGUGUCUCCUGGCCUGCCCCAGCGGCCAGCUAGUGCAGGGGCCAUGCUAGGGGGUGACCUGAAUAGUGCUAAUGGAGCCUGCCCCAGCCCUGUCGGGAAUGGCUACGUCAGUGCUCGGGCUUCCCCUGGCCUCCUCCCUGUGGCCAAUGGCAACAGCUUAAACAAGGUCAUCCCUGCCAAGUCUCCACCCCCACCCACCCACAGCACCCAGCUUGGAGCCCCCAGCCGCAAGCCCGACCUGCGAGUCAUCACUUCCCAGGCAGGAAAGGGGUUAAUGCAUCACUUGACUGAGGACCAUUUAGAUCUGAACAAUGCCCAGCGCCUUGGGGUCUCCCAGUCUACCCAUUCGCUCACCACCCCAGUGGUUUCUGUGGCAACGCCGAGUUUACUCAGCCAGGGCCUCCCCUUCUCUUCCAUGCCCACUGCCUACAACACAGAUUACCAGUUGACCAGUGCAGAGCUCUCCUCCUUACCAGCCUUCAGUUCGCCUGGGGGGCUGUCACUAGGUAACGUAACCGCCUGGCAACAGCCACAGCAGCCCCAGCAGCCGCAGCAGCCACAGCCUCCACAGCAGCAGCCACCGCAGCCACAGCAGCCACAGCCACAGCAGCCUCAGCAGCCGCAACAGCCACCUCAGCAACAGUCCCACCUGGUCCCUGUAUCUCUCAGCAACCUCAUCCCGGGCAGCCCCCUGCCCCACGUGGGUGCUGCCCUCACAGUCACCACCCACCCCCACAUCAGCAUCAAGUCAGAACCAGUGUCCCCAAGCCGUGAGCGCAGCCCUGCGCCUCCCCCUCCAGCUGUGUUCCCAGCUGCCCGCCCUGAGCCUGGUGAUGGUCUCAGCAGCCCAGCCGGGGGAUCCUAUGAGACGGGGGACCGGGAUGACGGACGGGGGGACUUCGGGCCCACACUGGGCCUGCUGCGCCCAGCCCCAGAGCCUGAGGCUGAGGGCUCAGCUGUGAAGAGGAUGCGGCUCGAUACCUGGACAUUAAAGUGACGAUUCCCACUCCCCUCCUCUCAGCCUCCCUGAUGAAGAGUUGACAAUCUCACCGCCCGCCCUUCCCUGCCCCGAGCUCCUCCCGCUCGACCCCCACUUCCUUUCUUGUGCUCCGUGUCCUGUUGACGGUUACAUUUGUGUAUAAUUAUUAUAUUAUUAUUAUUAUUAUUAUAUUUUUUUUAAUUUGGAUUCUCGCUUUGGAGAGGGGGAUGCUCUCAUCCCCUCUUUCUGUACCCCCCACCAUUUUCACUGGCUGGGGGGGCUCUCUUUUUCGCGGGAAGGGGGGACACUUUGCACGUUGUACACAUAUGCUGCAGGAAGGGGGUGGGGGGCCCAACAGGCCUUUGGGAAAGGACAGGUGUCGAGCCCUGCAUGUGAAGCCCUCCCACCCCACCCCCAGAUAGAGGGAAAUAACCAAAAAACUAUCAAACAACAGAAACCCACACUCUAGACUGAAACCCCAAAGUGGGCUUGAUGGGUGGGUUUGUGUUUCAAGGGGAAAGUGAGGCAGAGGUUCUGAAAAGGGUCUCUGUUUUUGGGUUCAUGUAGCCAUAGGCACAUGGAACAGAAUACCUAAGCCUGGCCCCCAAAUGCCCCUGCACACACACGUGCCACACCUGUGCUGAUUCUUGUGUGUGCUGCACCCCCAAGGUGUGUGGGUGCUGGCUGAGCUUUGGGCUGGGACGGCAGCCUGGGAAUCUGAGGCUGGGGACAGGGGUUUGAGGUGGGGGCCUCUCUGGAAGCACAUUUGGAGAGAAAGACAGAGAGCCAUGAGGAGAGGGCUGAGGAGGGCAGAAGGGCUAGGCAGGGGGCAAAUUGGGCCCCUCCCUUCCCCAGCUUUUCUCUAAGAUAUACAGUGCAAUAGCUCCCCACCCCUCAGUUGACACCAGCCCUGUAAAGCUGGCCACAAUGUGCAGGGAGAAUGGGGAGAGGGUCUUCAGUGAGGUGGCUGGGGUGAGAGUCAGCCUGGACUUCCCUGGGGUGCUCCAGGCCAGAGCUCUUUUCAUCGGGGCGAGUGUGGUGAGGGAUGUCCUUGGCCUUGCACACACACUACCUGGGGGAGUGGGCACUGGGGUAGUCUGUGGGGUGGGAGGUCCUACGGAUGGGUCCGUAGAGGUCCCACCUCCCUCAUUCCUCCUUGGCCCCUCUCCCUAGCUUCUCCUGUUAGCUCCUUCUGCUCCUGACCCUGCCUUCUUGCUCUUGGCGCCCCCAUUGUCUCUGGCUACCUCCUUGUCCCACCACCUCCAGGCCGCAUCCCACCUUCCCUCUUGGCUACUGUAAUUGUAAAUAGCGACCUUUGGAAAACGUUAGCGGUGUAACAGUCCAGGAAACUGUUUUUUUGUUGUUGUUGUUGUAUUGAUAUGAAAUGAGAUUCUAUUUUUGUCAAAGUAUAUUGUAAUAAUAAUGACUCAAACGGCCCGUACUGUACA